AUGUCUGCCACAGAGGGGGCCCAUGUUCUCUCUCAAGGCAUAGGCUAUGGCGUUGUUCUUGGUAUCGGCUUCGUCUUUGCUCUCAUUAUGAUGGGACUCUCGACCAUUCAGAACCGAUACACGAGCUACAAGAUUGCGACAUCGGAGGAGUUCAAUACCGCAUCGCGCUCCGUCAAGCCCGGCCUCAUUGCCUCUGGUAUCGUCUCUGCAUGGACCUGGGCCGCAACGUUGCUGCAGAGCUCAACCGUCACGUACGAGUACGGCCUCUGCGGUGGUUAUUACUAUGCAGCCGGCGCGACACUCCAGAUAUUCUUGAUGGCUGCCCUUGCCGUCCGCGUCAAAAUGAUCGCUCCGUACUGCCAUACCUAUUUGGAAAUCGUCCAUGCCCGCUAUGGGGAUGCCGCACACUUUAUGUUUGUGGCGUUUGGACUCGUGACAAAUUUGAUCGUAUCUAGCGAACUACUCCUCGGGGGGAGUGCUGUUGUGAAUGCGUUCACGGGAAUGAACAUCUAUGCAGCCAACUUCCUUAUUCCCAUUGGCGUUGGGGUUUAUGUUAUUCUCGGAGGUCUUCGCGCUACGUUUUUGUGUGACUACUCACACACACUUAUCCUCAUGAUCAUUAUACUCUACUUCUUUUUCUAUACCUACUCUGAGGCUCAGUUGAUUGGCGGGAUGGAGGGGAUGUAUCACCUACUCCAACAGGCCGCUGUAGAGCGCCCAGUGGCAGGAAACGCCGAGGGCUCGUACAUGACGCUGAAGUCCAAUUAUGGACUUGUUUUCAUGGUGAUCCAGAUCUUCGGUGGAUUAGGCACGGUGAUGUUAGAUCAGGGAUACUGGCAAAGAGCAAUCGCAUCCAAAGCCAAGACCGCUGUCCGGGCAUAUCUGAUGGGUGGCAUCGCGUGGUUUGCCGUCCCUUUAACAUUCUCAACGGUUAUGGGACUUGCCGCUGUUGCACUUGCGACCAAUCCUGCGUUCCCUUACCCAGGCGGGCUGACCACUGCCGAAAUUGACGCUGGACUCACAUCUCCUGCAGGCGUUGUGACAUUGCUCGGCAAAGGCGGUGCAAUUGCAAUGUUGAUCCUGCUCUUCAUGGCUGUGACAUCGGCAGCAUCUUCCGAGAUGAUUGCUACGUCUUCCAUCCUCACGUUUGACCUAUACCAGAUCCACUUCAAGCCGGAUGCUUCCCCUGAGGUCCUAAUUCGUGUUUCACACAUCAUGGUUGGCGUGUGGGCCAUUGUAAUGUCUUGCGUCGCUUGUCUAUGGAACGGCAUCGGGAUCUCGCUCAACUGGCUGUUCCUCUUUUCGGGCACUUUGUAUACGGCGGCUGUUGGGCCCAUUAUUCUGAGCGUCUUGUGGCGCCAACAAACUCGUGCCGCUGUGAUCAGUGGAGCACUUGGUGGGUUGUGUAUUGGUGUAAUCUGUUGGUUAGUAGUCGCAAAGACAUACUACGGGUCGCUGACUAUUGAAACGACGGGCCAGAUGUACCCUAAUCUCGCCGGAAAUAUGGGCUCGUGCUGCUCUGGGACUCUCAUAUCCGUCAUUGUCACUCUGUUGAAGCCGGACAAUGAAUUUGACUGGUCGGAGACGAAGAAGAUUAAUCCUCGUGGACGAGCACUCGAUCAAGAGCGGCGACGAGCGGAGCAAACGAGCUCUCGUAACAGCGAUGAGCCUUCCUCUGAGAAGGCAUCUGAGAAAGAUAACGAGAAAACCGAAGUGCUGGCACGGGCUUCGACCAUCGGUGAGGAAGCCUCAGUAGUGGAGCAGCCGGAGGACUAUGAGACGCUGCGGAAGUCCCUGAAAAUCGCGACAUGGCUAUCAUUUAGUAUGACCUUUGUCAUUAUCUUCCUCAUACCAAUACCCAUGUUCCUGUCGCACUACGUGUUCUCGCUAAAGUUCUUCAAGGCGUGGGUCAUCAUUUGCGUGAUCUGGCUCUUUAUUGCCGCAUUCAUCACAUCAGUCUUACCGCUAUGGGAGAGUCGGAGAGCAAUGGCUGAGAUUGGUGGGGGAGUCCUCCGUGAUGUGUUUGGCGGCAGACAGUGGCGGAGAGGCGAAGCUAAAGGCGUGGCAGCAUGA